AACCGGAGCCGGCUUGAAUGGUUGUUCCCUGAGUGGUGUUGCUCCGUACUGUGAAAGGCGCUCAGGCAAGCUCCAAAAUGGAUGCAGUGACCUAUGAUGAUGUGCAUGUGAACUUUACUCAAGAAGAAUGGGCUUUGCUGUAUCCUUCACAGAAGAAUCUCUACAAAGAUGUGAUGCUGGAGACCUAUAGGAACCUCACUGCUAUAGGCUAUGACUGGAAAGACCAUAAUAUUGAAGAACAUUGUCAAAGUUCUAGAAGACAUGCAAGGCAUGAAAGAAGUUUUACUGGAGAAAAUUCCUCUGAAUAUACUCAAUGUGGUAAAGCCUCUGCAUAUCACAAUUAUCCUCAAAGGCAUGAAAGAAUUCAUACUGGAGAGAAAGCCUAUGAAGGUUUUCAAUAUGGUGAAGCCUUUGCACAUCACAUUGGUCUCCAAAUACAUAAAAGAAUAUAUUCUAGAGAUAAACUCUACCAAUGUAAUCGAUGUGAUAAAGCCUAUUCACAAUACAGUCAUCUCCAAAUUCAUAAAAGAACACAUGCUGGAGAGAAGCCCUAUGAAUGUAAUCAAUGUGGUAAAACAUUUGAAUAUCAUUGUUAUCUUCAAAUACAUAAAAGAACACAUACUGGAGAGAAACCAUACAAAUGUAAUCAAUGUGAUAAAGCCUAUUCCCAUCACAGUUAUCUCCAAAUACAUAAAAGAACACAUACUGGAGAGAAACCUUAUGAAUGUAAGCAAUGUGGUAAAGCCUUUGUAUGCUAUGGUCAGCUUCGAAGGCAUGAACGAAUUCAUACUGGAGAGAAACCUUACAAAUGUAAUAGAUGUGAUAAAGCCUUUGCACGACACAGUCAUCUCCAAAUCCAUAAAAGAACACAUACUGGAGAGAAACCCUAUGAAUGUAAUCAAUGUGGUAAAGCCUUUGUAUGUUCCAGUCACCUCCAAAGACAUAAACGAAUGCAUACUGGAGAGAAACCUUAUGAAUGCAAUCAAUGUGGUAAAGCCUUUGCAUAUCAUUGUGGACUUCAAAGUCAUAUAAAAACACAUACUGGAGAGAAGCCCUAUGAAUGUAUUCAAUGUGGUAAAGCCUUUGCUUGUCACAUUAGUCUUCAAAACCAUGAAAUAAUGCAUACUGGAGAGAAACCCUAUGAAUGUAAUCAAUGUGAUAAAGCCUUUGCAUAUCACCGUAGUCUUCAAAACCAUAAAAGAACACAUAAUGGAGAGAAACCCUAUGAAUGUGAUAAGUGGGGUGAGGCCUUUGCAUAUCAGAAUUAUCUUCAAAUACAUAGCACAUUAUGGAGAGAAACCUUUUAAAUGUAAU